UAUAUAUCUUCUGCAAACUGCAAACGAAUCCCAGUGACCCAAAAAGAUCACGAAAUAUCUCUGAACCCGAUUUUCUCAGGAUUUCUUUCCUCCCUCCCUCUCUCUAUAUAAUGCUUCCAUAAUAAUAGCCUACCUACCACAUCACUGUUCUUGAAGAUGGCGUUGCUUUCAUCAUCAUCAUCUUCUUGUUCGUCAUCAAUGGCGGAGCCGGAAGACGAGAUGCCGCAUGUGUUAGCUGUGGAUGACAGCUCAGUAGACCGCAAGCUCAUCGAAAGGCUACUUGCUACCUCUUCGUGCAAAGUGACCACAGCGGAGAAUGUGCAGAGGGCACUGGAAUUUUUGGGGCUCGGAGAGGGGCAUACCGGUAACAGGCAGUCAAAGGUGAAUUUGAUCAUAACAGACUACUGCAUGCCGGGGAUGACAGGCUAUGACCUGCUUAAAAGAGUCAAGGGAUCAUCUGACCUUAAAGAGAUACCGGUAGUGAUAGUAUCAUCCGAGAAUGUCCCAACAAGAAUCAAGAAGUGCCUGGAAGGAGGAGCUCAAGAAUUCAUGAUAAAGCCGCUGAAACAAUCAGAUGUUAAGAAAUUAAGAUGCCAUAUGGCUAAGUUUAAGCAGCCCUGCAGUGGACGGUUAUGCAUUGGAAGAUAAAAGAAUGAAUAUUCCACAGAGAGGGAUGUAGAAAAGAGUUCUUCUAGAAGGUAGAGCUAUGGAGUAUGGACUGGAGAAACUUCCAGAAAUUUUGAUCCUUUGACCUUUGUACCAACUACCAACUUUGUUCAACUGAUAUUGUCAAAGUUUACAGUUUUUC